AUGUCUGACUCCGACUCGGACAGCGAUGAUGAGUUCUUCACGGCCAAAGCCAGGACCGGGCUCGCACGCCCUCCUAUUCGAGACGACUCCCCGAUCGAGGUCGGUGACUCCGAGCCAUCAGACGAUGAAGGCCCGCAUUCGGACGUCGAGCUUGUAGAGACAACAACAUCGUCUAAGACUACCAACGGCAAGGGCAAAGGGAAGGCGAAGGAGGUUCGACGCCGCGUCGAGCUGACUCCACCACCUGAGACGAUCCGUGAUCCAGAAAAGGAAGCUCGGAUGAGGCAAAGCCUCCUGUGGGUUCUGCGAUAUCUACUCGAGACUGACAGCAGUGACCACUGGGACUCUGUCGAAGCUGCAGCCAUGGCACACACCCUGUCUGAUUCGGAUUCCGGCAGUGACAAUGAAGACUCGGCCGACAAGGGACCGGCCAUUGCGAUCACCGUUACCAUGGUCGCUGACCCUGACAUGAGGCAGCGUGCGAGUACGAAAGCCAUCCAUCACUAUGAGAAGCCGAGGGUUUUCCACCUCCCAAGGCCGACGUCCGACAUCGUCCUCGUGCAUAACGGGCACAGGAUCUUCGCUACUAAUCAAAGCCCCAUCGAGUUGGGAAUCGGUGACCAGGGGCAGCUGAAAGGUUACGAGAAAGCGAUCUGGCGCAAGGUUCAGGACGAGGAGGAGCGGAAGCGGAGGGAGCGCAUUGCCGCGGAGAUGUCUCCCGCGCCAGAUGCAGACGAUGGAGAGGCAGGGUCGCCAGCGCCGGUCCCAGCGAGCGACGACGAUGGAACUGCACCUCUGGUUGAGCCUCCCACGGAAGACACGGUCGAGAAGAUCAAAUUCACCGUGCGCGGCGAGGAAGGCAAUCUGCGCCUCCAGGUCAGGCUGUCGACGACGGCUGGCAGUAUUUGUCGCCACUACUGCAACAAGUACGGCAUCACUGGCGCUCGUGCCGACAACAUGAGACUUCACUUUGACGGCGAGUCUUUCGAUCCCGAAACCGAGAUUUCUGAGAUGGACCUGGAACCUGGUGACCUGGUGGACGUGAAUUGA